CUCUCUCGAGAAGGCGCCAGACGAACGGAAGUGUGAAGAUCAGAAAAUAAGAUAAAAAUAAAGAUUUUACAUACCAGGUGUGGGGUCAAGGGCCGUAUAAAAUAGAGCGCCUUUGUUAUGAGAUAUAGUGAAAUAUUAAAAAGAACGAGACCUGAGCUGAAAGUUAUUCUAGAGCGAGAGAACGUGUUUUUCCAAGAAGACGCCACCAUAUAUCAACUCCGUGCAGCGGCGAAAACCAUUAUGGACAAUAAGAAAGCAAACGAACGGGAGAAGCUGAACAUGGAGGAGUCAAACCUAGAGCAUUUGGAACUGGAUAAGCUAAACCUGGAGGAGCUGAAUAUAGAUAAAACCUCGCCCAAAGUAGCCGAAAGUUCGAGAUCGGGCUGCGACGCUGGUGUUAGUUGCGAAAUUGAACAUGAGCAAGAAGGAGACGGCGAUAGUGUGUUGGCGAGUAGUGACGAAGUGGCGCCGUCUGGAGAAGUUCCUGGUAGUGCAGCUGCGAACGUGCAGCGUCGUGUUCGAGUGGCGGCGUAUGAUGAAAUUCUGGAAGGUUCUGAUGUGGCGGCUGCGAACGUGCAGCGUCGUGAUCGAGUGAUGGCGGUCGUCGAGGCAGAAAUACAACAUUUGCAGCAAGUUGAAAAGCUGUACGCUGCGCGCAAACGAGUGGCUGAUUUAGAAAACGCGUUGGGCCAAAAUAAAUCAGCUCAAGAAGACAACAUUGAUAUGAGUGAUUUGGAUGCCCUAAUUCAAUCGUUUUCUGGAGACAAUGGUUACCCUGUGCUUCGUUGGAUCGACGACUUUUCGAAUAUAAUGGAUAUAUAUUGCGUGCCGGAGAAAAAACGUUUUAUCUUCGCCAAACGUUUACUGUCUGGAUCAGCAAGAGUGUUUAUGAACGAAACGGCAGCUUUUGAUUGGCCGAGUCUGCGAGUAGAGCUGAUAGCCGUUUUUGACCUCAAGAUUACUGCAUUCGAUGUGUUCAAGCAACUGGAAGCCAGGAAGAAGUUACCUGACGAGGGUGCUCUCCAGUAUUUUUUCUCCAUGUGCGGCAUUGCGCGACAAGUAGAGUCGGCACAAGAAGAUAUUAUUCUAUUCAUCGUAAAAGGCUUGGGAGAUGAAUCCGGAGAUGCGUCUGCAAUGGCUUAUUGUAGUUCUUUGGAGGAGUUGCGAAACAAAAUUAUGAUCUACGACAAAUUCAAGAAGAUGACGGCCCAAAUUUCAAAGUCGGCGGAGAAAACAAAAGCAAAUGGGACACAUGGCUAGAGAGUGCAAACAACCGAAGAGGCCGGAGGGGGCCUGUUUCAAGUGCUUUAGCGUGGAUCAUAAGUACCAGCAAUGCCCCGAGCGGAGGGUGUCAACCAGGCCGGCAGUGCUGCAGGAU